CCCUCCGCCAUGAAGAACUUGUUCAGCCUCUAUCUCCUGGGAGUCGUGCUCACCAUCCUCUCCCUCUUCAUUAGACUGAUGGAGUCACUAGGGGGCUUACUGGAGAGCCCAUCCCCGGAGAGCCCCUGGACCACCAGAGGGCAGCUAGCCAGCGCAGAGCCCGCCAAAGGCCUUCCAGACCACCCAUCCAGAGGGGUGCAGUAAGACCCCCUCCCCCGCACCCUGGCCUGAACGCUGGCAGCCAGAGGUGGGAUCAUCAUUAUCUGUGAACUGUGACCUGGUGUCCUUGA